UUUGAUAUUUUCUCCGUGAGGGGAAAACUUCCCCCACGACGCGAGUCUUUGGGCCAUAAAGACAGACGGACGACGGAGUUCUCCAAUCUUCGCCGGACGUUGUUGUGCUCCACCCCGGACAGCAGCAAGCGGAACCGAUUGAGGUUGGGAAGGCGUGUGGAAGGAGAGAAUCCCGGUGUCCUUCUCGCGGUCAUUUCUUCAUAAGCCUUGCGCGGAACCCUACUUGCUCACGUCGCGCGGCGUGAUGGGCCGUCGACCGGGGAUCAGCUGCAAGGUCUACCAUUGAGACGUGUUCCUUGGAGAAGCCGAAGUGUUCCCGGCCGCCAAGAACAGCGACGGUAAGGGCCAUAGCUCGCCGUUCCCUAACACCAACGAGAUACGCGUCGAUUGCCUCUCCCUUCCCAGCGAGCGGUGCCUUCCCCUAUCCGUCCUCCAAACCAUCUCCCCUUUCGCCCUCCGCUGCAAACUUCAAGCCAGGUCCGACGCCGAUCAUCCCCUCCUCAACCGACUCUACCUCUCAUGCUUCCGAGAACGCAAGGAUGCGGUGGUGGUCGCCGGGAGCGAAGAGCUGCAUCUUGUGACAACGCCGAGCAAGGCGGAAAAGAUCCUAAGGGACCAUGGGAGGAUUUGGUGAGGCUGACCUUUGCGGACGGACACGCAAGGGUGUCACACGACUUAGGUAAAAUCAGCUAAGUUCGUGACAAUGCGGCAUAUCAAAACAUCGGAGGUGUCAUACAAAGGCAUUUGAGCGUGAAAGGCGACAGUGUGUUCCUUUAGGUCAGAGUUGCCGUAAAAGGCUUCUAGUGAUGGAAGGCAAAAAUUUGUCAAGUUCAAUUUCUCCUGGAUGCUUUGGGUGAACGGGGAGCGAUCCGAGGUGAGAUCAAUCGAACCUUCCCCCUUGGAUUGCUGGAACUCUCGACGCAUCUCGUUUAAGCGUUGGUCCAUUUGUCAUAGUUGGGCCCUCAAGGAGUCGUCCGUUGAAUCCGUUGACUGGGUCUCUGAUUCGAGAAGGGUAGUGCGUUGAUGCAGCGACGUGCUAAAAUCCACGGUUUGGGAGCGGGGUGCUCCUUCUGCCGGUAGCUUAACGGGCCUAGGACAAUCCUGAGCUGUCGGUACUGGGUCAGUUAGUGGAAUCCCGACAGGUGUGGACGACAACAGUGGUUGGGACAUCGACCAUGGUUGAGACAAUGGUGUGACUUGUUGAGUUAGUUGGGCAGGAGUGGGGUGAUAGCCUGUAUCAUGCCCGUGAGCGUCUAUACCUGGUGAGUAAGAUUCAAGAAUGCUUCGGCGGGAACAAUCAGGUGGCCCAUAUUUGUCCCCGAGGUGAAAGACCUGGGUAAUUGAACAGACGCCAGUAAUGCCCUGGUGUUUAAGCAAAAGUGGAUGCAUCUACAUGGGGGAAGGAGGGCAGUUGUCCCCUCGAGUAAAGGUGCUAUGGGUUAGAGGCAAAGCCUCCUCACUGGAUCGUUCGUUGAGAGGGUUAGCGGGUGGACGUUCUUGCGACAUUCAGGCCCAUCCUCUAGCGCCAAAAUGUCGAGGGAAAGUACCGUCGACGUUUGAGUCAGCCCGUUUGAUCUAGACUCGAAGGUGUAGAAAUGUUCAAGGUCCCCUCUAAGUGGCCCGGACGUAUUUGAGGUGGCUCCGAGGUGGACUUGGAGUGGCUCCGAGGUAGGGGUUCGACUUCCCGGGCACUUCCUACACAAAGACUAGUGUCGGGAGAAGUUUCCCGACCCGAUCCCUCCGAUGCUCAAGUCAGUCCGAGGUUCCUUUUGGGGUAUGAGGUGUUCUCCAAAAAAAGUGUCCCUUAGGCUGACACUAGGGUGGUCAAUUGAGGGGGCACCUUGUAACGACCCCAUCGUCCCCCUUUGGCGUCUUGCCCACGGGGGCAAAAAGGGAGGACAAGCCCGAACGAUCUCUCGUGGACUAUUGUCCAUGGGGCCUGAGAAGCUAUAAUUGCCUCCCACGUCGGCGAUAAGGGGAGGAUGAUUAGGGCCCUUUCUUCCGUAUCAGCAUCCUCGAGGUGAUUAGUUGGCAGGUGGUGAUUGGUUGUCAAAAUAUUCUCUAUCAUCGGGGUUGUGCACCUUUAUGUUGUGGCCUGGAGUCGGCACUGCUUGGUCCAAUCUUGAAAGCGCAAGGUCGUCCAUGUGGCUUUUAAUGGGGAAGAAAGAUGGGGGAGCGAGGUCGGGCCGAGGAGCUCGGCUCGGGAGCUACGAUCGAAUCUUCGAGGGCGUCCUGAGGUGGAGUCACGUUGCGCUCAAUCUGCCAGGAUCCUACACGAUAGGUCAAUGUCAGGGGGAGGUUCCUAACCCGACCCCUCCGAUGGUUAAGUUUGUGAGUGUAGGUGUGUCUUUUUUUUGUCUCCCCUUAUCCCAGGAUAGGGAAUUGGUAUUUAUACAUGCGAAAAUAGCUCGGAAGUACGAUGGUUGAUAGUGACCACCGGUACCUCCCAAGGCACGGUCGCGCGGGCAACCGACCCGUACACCCCUAUGGCAUGGGUUGGCCCAUCCGUGUUUCUAGGGCACAACGUCGACUCGUAUAGUCCUGUGUGGCACGGGACCGAGUGGAAGGGUGCCGCCUACCAGGUUGAGUUCACAGUCAGCUCCACGGUGGCCGCCAACUAGCGAACUGUAGUUAGUGCGAGAAUAUUCCCUAUCAAUUGACGAUGUCCGAAUCAGCUUAAUACGAUUCGGGCCCAUGUGCACAAGAGAGGUGAGAUAUCCGAAUCUUACUAUUGUUUUGGACUGAUGUCCAUGUGGCCUAGCUGUUGAUUGGGUCUUGCCCCCUCACUGCUGAUUGUGUUGCCAUGUGUCAAGCCACCAUUGGGGGAAAAGAUUUCUACUAUCACCUUUGCUUUGAAAAAAAAAGUAAAAAGAUAUCUUAAUUAAUUUAUAGUGCCUACUCUGGUGCGUUCUUGUGUUUUUCCUUAAUUGAUUUGCUUCUGAUGAAGAUGGCAAGAUAUCAGUAAAUCAACCAUCUGCAAGCAACAUAAAUCUAUAUAGUGAAUCGGGACAACCAAGUUUACUUGCCGGCUUGCCGCAUCCAUGUUCAUUUCUACAAUGCAAGAAAUCGGCAGGAGAUGUAACUCUUAAGAUUGAGUUAAGGUCCAUAAAUGGAGGCAAUAAGGAUUUGCAACAUUAUGUUGAGGUGAGUGAUUUUAUCCAUUUUGGGAGCUGGUCGACUUGGAUUGUUUAACCCUUGAUUUUAUCCAUGCUGUGGCCUAGAGUUGGCACUGCUUGAUCCAAUCUUGAAAGCGCAAGGUCGUCCAUGUGGCUUCUCAAGGGGAAGAAAGAUGGGGGAGCGAGGUCGGGCCGAGGAGCUCGGCUCGGGGGCUACGAUCGAAUCUUCGAUGGCGUCCUGAGGUGGAGUAGCGUUGCGCUCAAUCUUGCCAGGAUCCUACACAAUAGAUCAAUGUCGGGGGGAGGUUCCCGACCCGACCCCUCUGAUGGUUAAGUUUGUGAGUGCAGGAGACUAUUCAUCCUUUAUUGUGCCUGCUACUGGUGGUAUGGUUACAAGUGUUAAUAAGCAUUUUCUUGGGAAUGAAAAUGGCUUCUUAAAUGAUACGGACAGCCCUCAAAAUGAGCCAGCCAAGAAAGAACACUCACCUGCCAGUACAUCACAAAAAUUGGUGUUUGGACGGACAAACUAUAGUAUUCCAGGAAAAAACAACAUUUUCUGUGAUGCCAAAUAAGGGAGAGUAUUGUUUUCAGGUUGAAUUAGCUGGAAAUAUUUUGGGAAAGGGAGUUGGUUUAAGCAAAGAGGAGGCUAAGCUUCAGGCUGCAGAGGAGGCACUCCUGACUCUUAAGAACAGACUUGAAACGACAAGCAAAGAGAUGUUAAAGAUCAUCAAGGAGAAACCUCAGUCGUGUAUUGGAGAUUUUGACAAGAUUCUAUGGACCGGUGAUGCUCUGAGCAUUCCAGCACAUUUGGAAUCCAGCAUGCUGCUUGAUUUGCUGAAAGCACCGUAUCCCUCCCCGCCUUUUGUGGUGCAAGUAGGACAUGAUGCAGGUAAAAUGCUUUCUGAGGAUGAAGCACACCAUCAUAUAUAUCCGAGCAGCCUUUUCCUCCAUUUCCUUUCCUUUGAUGCUCCUAACCAGCCCACCACCGAUUGGAGCAGAGAAGGAAUCAUCAUGGGAGGAGGAUGACAGCUCUACAUUUAUGUGGCUCGUAUUCAGAAAGAAAUGGAUAUAUAUAUACAUAUACAUAUAUAUAUGAUUUGCAUGUGUAAAGCUGCAACACGAUUAUUCCUGCAAUUUAACGCGUUGAACAACCAGACAGAAGAAGUUACAA